AUGAUUAAAGUUCUCUUGAACCUCCCACUCCUUUUACAAUGCAGUCUGGCGGUCAUUGUCAUCCUGCUACUCCUUGUCCUUGCCAACAGGCUGACUACGUGGGAGUACAUCGUUCCCAAGGAGGUGCAAUGGAUCGACCGACCCCCAGAGAGCUUUGGCUACCUGCGUGCAAAGGCACGAUCCUUUUUUCUGAUGAAGCAGAACAUCAUGCAGGCCUAUCUGGAGUGCAACAAAAAAGGCCGCGCUGCCGCCCUCGCCAUCGCCUUCGGUCGACCCCAGAUUAUCCUCCCACCCAAAUACAUCCGGUGGAUCAUCGACCAGCCUGAAUCCGUGCUAAGCAUGGAUCCGAUCCACGACGAGUUCCAUGCCUUCGUGCAGGACGGACUGGUCGGCGACCACUCGGUGCAGGAGGUGCUGCGCAAGGAAUUAACGCACAACCUGGGGCGGCUGACGGCCGACAUCAACGACGAGAUCGUGGACGCGCUACAUGCCGUGUGGGGGGAUUCGCCCGAGUGGCGCACGAUCCCUCUCAAGGACAGUACGCGCACCAUCAUUGCGCGGAUUACCAAUAGGCUGUUCGUCGGGAAGGAACUUUGUCGCAACGAGCAGUACAUCCGUGACGCCGUCGGGUUAGGGCUGGCGGUCAUGCCUGAGACCGUGUUCCAGGAUCUGCUGCCUCGGCCGCUGAAGGGCCCUGUCUCCUCGAUGGUCAAGUGGAUUAACCGUUUUUACAUGGCCGGCUUCAACCGCCACCUGCAGUCCGUGGUGCGACAGCGGAUUCGCGAUGUCCAGCGCAUAGAAGAGCAGCCCGAGCACGCAUCUGCAGCGGACGAGCUCCCAAACGAGUUCCUGACGUGGAUUGUGCAGCGCGCCGUCCGACGCGGCGAGCCCAUGGCCGGAUUGGAGCAGCGGACGAUCGCGCGCGUGGGCAUGGCGAACCUAGCGUCGAUCGAGACGACGACCAACACGAUGAGCAAGUGCCUGGCGGACCUGACGACACUAGGCGAGGCGCAGGGAUACCGAGCACUGGUGACGGCGGAGGCGCGGACGGUGCUGCGCGAGUGCCAGCAGCGGCCGGAGAAGAAGGACAUCGACAAGCUGGGGUGCAUCGAGAACGCGCUCAAGGAGAGCCUGCGGCUGGCAGUCGUCUUUCCGGGGCUCAUCCGCCAGGUCACCAGCCCCACGGGGGCGACGCUGGCCGCCGACAAGGAAGCCGGGGGCCUGCGUCUGCCGCACGGGGCGCGCAUCAGCGUCGCGGCCUACGCCAUUCACCGCGACGACAACCUGUGGCCCGAGGCUACCACCUACAAUCCGUCUCGUUACGCGGUCGAGCACGCCGCGGCGCCGCGCGUACCCAUGUCCCGUGCCUCAGAGCGCUUUCUCUCCUUCGGCAUGGGAAAGCGCGCAUGCCCUGGCCGCUUCUUCGUCACCGAUGAGCUGAAGCUGCUGUUUGCUCAUAUCUUCACCAAGUAUGAGAUCAAGGUCAUCCCGCCCCCGCCUACCACGGCGGGUUUGUUCACCGAGUUGACGCUACGAGGGCCGCAGGAGCAGUUGAUGGUUCGUCGGCGGACUAAGGAGGAGACGAACACGGCAUGA